CUCACAUCCAGUCGAUCGUCGUAGCCGCAGUCAAGGCGCACUCAUCACUAUUGAGCACCUGGAUGGAAUCGUACGCUGCGGAUAACUCUCUAGCCAGGCCCAGUCUCACCUUGUCUCUUAGGGGCAGCACGAUAUGUCAGCUCUGCGGCGACGAUCUCAGCACGAGACAUUGGCUCAGAGACAGGCCCAUUAUGAUGAGCAUUUCUCUAACGAACCCGAAGCGCCCCGUGUACACGGAUCGAAGAGCGGGCAACAUGAUGGUCUGAAGGCUUGGUUUACUCCCUACGUUGCCAACAAGGGCAACCCGGAGACACAGAACAUCUUUUGGUAUCCCUCUCAAACCCAUCACCACCUCGGAACUUUAGCCCAGGACUCAUACCCGUGCUCAAAAGAGCACUGGUCACUCUCACGAGAAGGGUAAGACAAGGAAGGCCUGGGUUUGCCAUGAUCAGGCAGUGCAUAUUCAGGGAGAAGCCUUCGACAGAACAUGGGGCUGUGGUUACCGCAACUUCCUCAUGGCCUGUGCCUCG